AUGGCGGAGAUAUCUGGCGAUGGAGAUGGGUUUUUGCCGGAGGAUGAUGACAUGCCUCCAAUCGAAGACAUUGUUGCACCUUUGGAGGCUGAGCCCAAGCUUGCAAGACAGGAGAUUGCAAAGCUUCAAGAUGACAACAAAGCACUGGAUCAUCUAACCAAAUCAAAGGAAGCGACUUUGGUUGAUGCUAAGAGGACUGUUCAAAAUAGAGAUUUGUCAGGAAGAAAACAAAAUCUUGGACAAGAUGCGCCGACAAAAAAUUGCAAGGCUGAAAAAUUAACGCAAACUGUGAGGGAGCUGGAGGAGGCUGUCAUUGUUGCGUGGUGUGGCUGCUCGAAUGUUGUGAGAGAUUAUCAGCGCAAAAUUCAGGAGAUGAAUGAGGAAAGGAAAACUCUGGACAGAGAGUUGGCUCGUGCAAAGCACCGAAUAGGUCCUCAUUCGGUAAUUUCCAGCAUUGAAGAUGAAUCAAGGAAAGAAAUAGAUUCCAACAAUGGCUUCUCCUUGUCGGAUUGCGAAGAAAGCAUUGUAUUGUCUCUUGCCAUUGAUCCAAUUCCGCCACCACAGUUCGCUACAGCUUCGCCGCCACAAGCACAAUCGCAGGUCGUAGUAGAAUUGGUUCCAGAGAAGCCAUUGCCUGAAAAAGGCAAGCUCUUGGAAACAGUGAUGAAAGCAGGCCCUCUACUUGUCGCCGGACCUCUUCCUGAGUGGAGGCACCCACCCCUGCCACUUGAAUCCUCCGAGUUCCCACCAGUGACAGUUUCUUUUGAAGCAUGGUACUGGCUAGACAUAAAUCAUUUUUCACACAGUACUUAA